UCUUACCUCACAGAGGUAGCUCCUCCGCCGGCAGCAACUCGGCGUCCGCGGUCCAUGGACCGGAACCUCCGGCCGACGGAUAGGAACCCGGGCCGCGACCGCCGCCUCCCUGCCCCAGUCUCCUCCUCCUCGCUCCCCACCGCCACCUCUGGACACCCGCAGGCCGCGCACCGCCUCUGCCGGGUUCGCGGAGCCGUCCCGGAAGGUUGGGUGGCGGGUUCGCAGCUGCCACCGGACUGAGGCCUACUCUGCCGCCGCCGCCGCCGCCGCCUCUCAGUGCUAUUGUCCCUGGGCCCGGCCCUCAGCGGGUCCACUGGGGAGUGCCGAGUACGCCGGCUUCGCUGACGAUGCCGGACCAAGCCCUGCAGCAGAUGCUGGACAGAAGUUGCUGGGUGUGUUUUGCCACUGAUGAAGAUGAUAGAACAGCUGAAUGGGUGAGACCAUGCAGGUGCAGAGGAUCUACAAAAUGGGUUCACCAGGCUUGUCUACAGCGCUGGGUGGAUGAAAAACAAAGAGGAAACAGUACAGCCAGAGUCGCAUGUCCUCAGUGCAAUGCUGAAUACUUAAUAGUUUUUCCAAAGUUGGGUCCAGUUGUUUACGUCCUGGAUCUUGCAGAUAGACUGAUCUCAAAAGCCUGUCCAUUUGCUGCAGCGGGAAUAAUGGUUGGCUCUAUCUAUUGGACAGCUGUGACUUACGGAGCAGUGACAGUGAUGCAGGUUGUAGGCCAUAAAGAAGGUCUGGAUGUUAUGGAGAGAGCCGAUCCUUUAUUCCUUUUAAUUGGACUUCCUACUAUUCCUGUCAUGCUGAUAUUAGGCAAGAUGAUUCGCUGGGAGGACUACGUGCUCAGACUAUGGCGCAAGUACUCGAAUAAACUACAAAUUUUGAAUAGUAUAUUUCCAGGGAUUGGUUGUCCUGUUCCUCGAAUUCCAGCUGAGGCUAAUCCUUUAGCAGAUCAUGUCUCAGCUACCCGAAUUCUGUGUGGAGCCCUUGUCUUUCCUACUAUCGCGACAAUAGUUGGUAAACUGAUGUUCAGUAGUGUCAACUCUAAUUUACAAAGGACAAUCUUGGGUGGAAUUGCUUUUGUUGCCAUAAAAGGAGCAUUUAAGGUUUACUUCAAACAGCAGCAAUAUUUACGUCAGGCACACCGCAAAAUUCUAAAUUAUCCAGAGCAAGAAGAAGCAUAAAACUGACUUCUAGUUGUUCUGCAGUCCUCUCAUCCAUAUGAGUCUGUUGUGUUGUUCUGAUUCCAUCAUUAAUGCACAGUAGUGGAGACUUGUGAUAAGCUGCUGCUCCUGUGUUUUUAAGAAAUAUAAUAAAAUACUUAGGGCAGGGGAUAUCCUCUCAGUAAUCACGGAACCUAAGGAUGUGAUUUGUUUUCAUUGUUUUAUAUGUACUUCUUUUAUGGUAGUCAUCUGAACCAUUAUCUUAGCAUGGAAACCUGGGAUUUGUUCAUGUUUUCUCCAGACAGAAAUGUAAAGAUCUGUGCAGAUAUUAAAAAAUGCACACACACUUUUAUUCAAAUGCCUCUUUUGUACAUGUUCAUGUUCAGUGUUUUCUUAGAAUCAGCUACUCAAUGAGGGUACUAUGAGGAUUUUUCUCACUGGUAUAAUUUGAUUACCUCCUAAACAGGAGCAUAUAUUAAUAUGAGGAAAUGAAAAUUAAAUUAGUUAUAAAUAACAAACCAGAAAUGUAUGUGAACAUUCAAAUGAUUAUCUGAACAAAUGAGAUUUUGUUGUGUUUUUCUUAACCCAUGUGAUGUCCUCCAAAAUGUGUAGGAUAAAAAUUCACAGGGCUUCCAGACUGAUCACUUUUUCACUGUUAAAUUUUAUUUAUAUAAUGUUGACGUCUCAUAGUCAAAAUGCAGUUUUGACCCAUGCAGUCUUAAUUACAAUGUAUGUGUCUAUGUGUGUGUCAGUCAGUCAUCAUGUCCUCCCAUUAUUGGGGUAAGGUUUUUCAAUCCAGAUUUCUAGAAAUUAGAGCUGCUAGUUUAUAGUAGCUUGAGCACAGAGACAGAUUUGCAAAAAAUCAAUAAAAGUUAUUUUACUCUCCUCUUUCAUUGAUUCAGUUAUUCAGAUAUUUGCUGAGCACCUCCCAUUUCCAAGCACUGUGCUAGGUGCUGUGGGAUACAGUGGUGAUCAAGACAUACAUGGCCCCUGCUCUUACAGAGUUCACUGUCUAGUUUCAGUAGAUGGAAAACCAGCAGUGAAUAAACCAUAGUGAGGCCUUGGGCUCUUUGUUUUUAUACCAGUCAGUGAGAAGAUAAUUUUGAAAACAAGAAAUCUUGAGUAAAUAUUGAGGUCAUUGUUUUAGGCUUAAGCCAGUAUAUCAUAGAAAACCAAUACUAGUAUUUCUAGAUUUUAAUUGCUUGUCAUAUCGAUGAGGCGAGCACCUUAAUGAUCACUGUUUAAUUAGUUUUGUAUUCAUUUUUCAAAAGCAAGUAUUUAUUUUAAGCAAUUUGCAAUAAAGAGUGGCCAUUUUAAUGUUGUUCAGCAAUCUGAAUGGUCUUGCAGUUAUUUUCGUUAAUUCAAAUUAAUUUUUUAAAAGAUAGUUCCAAAAACUUUAUUUUCUUGUUUGCAGUAUCUAAUGCAUGAUGAUAAUAAAUGUUUUCCCUUACUGAUAAGUGGCCACUUCUUUUUAAGAGUGUAGCAAAUAUAGAUUGAGCUAUGUUAGACUGCAACAAUGUAUGUUAAUUUUAGUAAUUAAAGACCAGUACCAUUAUAUAGUAUGAAUGUCUUAAUUUUGAGUUAUAACAUGGAGUUUAUGUGAAUAGCUGUUGAACAUUCAAAGUUGUAAUUAUUUGGGGAGGGAGGGAAGAUUUGAGCCUUAUUAAGAACACUGCUAUGGUUCUGAAGGGGAAAUAUAAAAUCUAUGAUUAUAUAUAAAAAUAGAUAACAUAGCUCUAAUUGUAAAAUAUAUUCACUUUUCAUUUUCAGUAUGCAAAGACAUAUUAAAUAGAAACUUCCUGCAUAGUUUUGUUAUGUACAACAGCUUUGAGGCAGCCUUUACUAAAGUUAACACAGUAUACAGUUCCUUGUUUACUACUUUAAUGCCCAAGAUCGGGGAGUAGCUGCUUGGGUUUAUUGGCAUCAGGGUUCAUGAAGGCCAGGGGAACAACAACUCUAAUCUUUGGGGGAGGUUUUCUAGGGCUGUGGGGAGGGAACUGUAAGUGCCUGGGGACCAGAGUGGCCUCUAACCCUGGAAUUGAAGACUUCAAUCUCAAGAGCCUUAGCUCAAGAGAUACCACGUGCCAGUCUCUCCAGGAAGUUGGCCUGUGCCACCACUAAGCAACAAAAGAGCACAGGCUGACUUAAAGUUGGACGGACCUGAGUUCAGAUCCUAACUCUGCGUUAAUACAUACCUUGGCCAAGUGACUUUCUCAGUUACAGUUUUCUUCAUCUUGGGAAUGCAAGUAAUACUUAGAACACUAUUUCCAGGAUUAUCUGUGAAAUUAAACAGGCACUUAGGUUCAAAAUAGCCCCUACAGAGCAUUAGUUGUUUCUUAGUUGCUAAACAGUCUCUUGAAAACAUGUUCCCACUUUGUAAGAAAAGGGAAUGAACAUGUAAAAGAAAGGUCUUAGGGGACAAGUUAAAGGGCUGAUACAGAUUUUUGGGAUGGGUGGGUGCUUCAUGUUUUCCAGUUUAUUUUCAUGUUGCUUUAGUGUGUUAUUUCUGGAAACUUUAAUGUUUUAAACCUCUUUUACAAAAUUCAGUGACAGCUGGUAGAAUUCUGUUCUUUGCAGAAGUUAACUUAUCUCCAUUCAAAGUGGCUGAAAAUAUUGUUCAUUACAUGAUUAUCAAAUGACUGUGACAAGAAUAUAAAAUUAAACUUAGUGACUUCAUUAGUCACUGCCUUGC